AUGGCCGGUAGCAUGCCUUUGAAAUAUAUGUCCAAACUCGCCGGAUCCCGCGUGCUCAUCCUAGGGGGCACAUCCGGUAUAGGUUUCGCUGUGGCUGAAGCGGCUCUUGAACAUGGAGCCACAGUGAUUAUCUCAAGUUCUCGAGAAAACAAGCUUCAAAACGCCUUAUCACGAUUGAGGGAAGCAUACCCUGAUCCUACCUAUCACGCUCGAAUCAAUGGUUACACAUGCGACCUGGGAACUCCCGAGAAUUUGGAUGAGAAUAUCGCGAAAUUACUGGCACAGGUAACUAAGAACUCACCCAGUGAAAGGGCAGAUGACCAGCGAGAUGAUCCAGCCCUCCUUGACCAUAUUAUCUACACAGCGGGAGAUGCAAUCAAAGUUACACCAGUACCUGACCUCACGGUGGAUACUAUUCAACGCAUGGGUACAGUUCGCUUUAUGGGACCACUCUUACUUUCGAAACUAGCUCCUCGCUAUAUGAAAAAAUCUUCAACAUCAUCUAUUACCCUGACCAGCGGCUCACAAUCCUUGAAACCUAUGCCUAAUUGGACAGCGGUAGUGGCGUACUCUACUGGAACUGAGGGUAUGAUGCGUGGUCUCGCAGUGGAUUUGGCGCCAAUUCGUGUCAACUGUGUAGCUCCAGGAGCUGUACAUACUGAACUGUUUAAUGAUAUUUCCGCGGAUCGACUUGACAGUGUUCUCGAGAGUAUGGCUAGCGCAACUUUGGUUGGCAAAGUCGGGAAACCGGAGGAUGUGGCUGAGGCUUACCUUUAUGCUAUGAAAGAUGGCUUUUAUUGCUUUUCCGGUGGUCUUGAAGUUUAUACGCUCUUGAUUUUAUGCAAUCUUUGGAGACUUGAAGCAAAGGGCAUCAGCGUUUUCAAAUCACUGGUACAUUCAUGA